AUUUCUCCCAUUUGGAAAGGAGAAGUGUUUCAGGGUUCACCCUCAAGAGAACCAUUCAAACUAAGUAGGGUAGGGGUUGGUUUGCCUUGGUGUUUUAUAUUGUGAUCAUUCAAUGGUGAAAUAUGUGUAAAUCUUACUUUCAUCUCAACACUCAGUUCUCAACAGGAUCAAUAAUAAGGAGAGUCUCAAGUGUCUACUGACUCCGAUCACGAAUAACCAUGACCUGCCAAACACAGGAGGAUGCAGUGAUCAACCUUAAGUCUGUCCAAGAACUGGCCAAAGACCUGGGCUUUCAAUGGACCAUUGUAGCCUCUGAGCUGGGCUUCAGCAGGACAGAGAUCAGCCACUUCCAUCGAGCCUCACUAGAGAAAAAGGUUCAAGCAAGGAAAAUGCUAGAGAGCUGGUAUGAGAAAUCUUGGAACAAGGUGAACAAAACAAAGAUGCUGCAGGACGCUCUGGAGAGGGCUGGGAGGAAGGAUUUGGCAGAUAAACUACAGUGUCUGCACUGGGGGCACCAGAAACUCAGUCGGCGUGUGGAGCUACCCUCAGCUUUUCCCUUUCUCAUCACCAUACACAAGACCAUUAAUAACCGGGAAGGGUUGCAGAAAAUCAAUCAACUUGGCAAUAAAUAAUAAGGAAAGCCAUUGCCUGUUGUGUUUUUUGGAAUGUGUCCAGUGACAUUAAUUGACUUAAAAUGCUGCACCUAUUGCAUAAAUCUGUA